UCGGUCUUUUCAAAUGUUCCCCCUUCCCGCCGGAAUAAUGCUGUCACUGGAUGUAUCUUUGACAUUUUCGGUUAAAGAAGCGAGUCGAGUGGAUGGGAUCAAGAAGAUCAAGAGGCGAAUGAUUUAACGCAGCUGGAAAAUAAUUAGGCGGCGCCGCACCAACUCAGUUGUGUCCGCGUCUCUGGUCCACCGGGCCGGUUCACUGCGCAGGUUUGGACCGCGCGCCAUUUUGUGAAAAUUGACAUAAAAAUUCUUACCCAAAAAAAAAAUUUGUCAGAGGACACGAUUACUGUCUGGCGUUGUUGAGACAGCGGGAUUAGUCCAAAUUGUCGUCCGCGUCGAAUUGAGCGACGCGGAAUUCGUCGCCAGAAGCAAAAUCGGGAAAUUUUGCUCAACGUUUGUUUAGCGGCGGCUAGACUCUAGCUCAGGGCUCGCUAAAGAAGCUAGCGGGUAGCCAGGGUAGCUAGCUAACGUUAGCCGCGUACAUUUUGUUAACUGGCCAGUUAGCUAGUGGCGCGCUAGGAAAACGUUGAAGAGCCGCUAGUCGUCAGCGGAUACUAGUCCAAGGUUUGCCCCGUUUACCGGCGUAGAUGUUGCCGCUGGCGUCGUAGAAAAAGGAUUAUAACAGUCGGCUGGCGGAUUAUUUUCAGUUUUCGCUGGCCGGAGGAAAGGGGGGGGAGAUCGGGGUUUUACGUUCCUCGCUAACCGCGCAGGGAGGGGAGAGAAUCUCAAGCUGGAUAAAUCGCCUCAUCAUACAGGUUAUUGGACUUUAAAUGAAGAUCGUGCCAUCAGAGUGGGUUGUGGUUUGCUGCUGGACUCUCCUCCCAGGAUGAUAUGAAAUUUUACAGGAGACGAUGCAUCCAGGAGGAGAGACUUCAGCAUGCAAACCUUCGUCUGUCCGGCUUGCGCCCUCUUUUUCUUUCCACACUGCUGGUCUUCAGAUGGCUGCUCCAAUGCCCCAUACGCACCAGCAGUACAGUGACCGCCACCAGCCAAGCACUGACCAAUCUGUUACGGUCUUACCGUACAGCGACCAGACCCCACAGCUCACUGCCAAUCAGAGGCACAUGCCCCAGUGCUUUCGUGACCCAACUUCAGCUCCCCUGAGGAAGCUCUCCAUUGACCUUAUCAAAACAUACAAACACAUCAAUGAGGUGUAUUAUGCAAAAAAGAAGCGACGGCACCAACAAGGUCAGGGUGAAGACUCCAGUCACAAGAAAGAGAGGAAGGUCUUCAACGAUGGCUAUGACGAUGAUAACUAUGACUACAUCGUCAAAAAUGGGGAGAAGUGGAUGGACCGCUAUGAGAUUGAUUCCUUGAUAGGAAAAGGGUCUUUUGGACAGGUUGUGAAAGCCUAUGACCGUGCAGAGCAGGAAUGGGUUGCCAUUAAGAUCAUCAAGAACAAGAAAGCUUUUCUCAAUCAAGCCCAGAUUGAAGUGCGCCUCCUAGAGCUCAUGAACAAACAUGACACUGAAAUGAAAUACUACAUAGUUCACCUCAAGCGUCACUUCAUGUUCCGGAACCACCUCUGCCUCGUGUUUGAGAUGCUUUCAUACAACCUGUAUGACCUACUGCGGAACACCAACUUCCGCGGUGUCUCUCUCAACCUCACCCGGAAGUUUGCCCAGCAGCUAUGCACAGCGCUGCUCUUCCUGGCCACGCCUGAGCUCAGCAUCAUCCACUGUGACCUGAAGCCUGAGAACAUCCUCCUGUGUAACCCCAAGAGGAGUGCCAUCAAAAUAGUGGACUUUGGCAGCUCAUGCCAACUGGGACAGAGGAUAUACCAGUACAUCCAGAGUCGCUUCUACCGUUCUCCAGAGGUGCUGCUGGGAAUGCCCUAUGACCUGGCCAUCGACAUGUGGUCACUGGGCUGCAUCUUGGUGGAGAUGCACACUGGAGAGCCCCUUUUCAGUGGAGCCAAUGAGGUUGAUCAGAUGAACAAAAUAGUUGAAGUUCUUGGUAUCCCACCCAAUCACAUAAUGGACCUAGCCCCAAAAGCCAGGAAGUUCUUUGAGAAGCUAUCGGAUGGCACAUGGAGUGUUAAGAAGACCAAAGAUGGCAAAAGGUAUAAACCUCCAGCCUCGCGUAAGCUCCACUCCAUCCUGGGUGUGGAGGCGGGCGGUCCAGGUGGCCGGCGGGCGGGGGAAUCUGGCCAUGCUGUUGCUGACUACUUGAAGUUCAAGGACCUGAUCCUCCGGAUGCUGGACUAUGACCCCAAGAGCCGCAUCCAGCCCUACUAUGCCCUGCAGCACAGCUUCUUUAAGAAGACUGCGGACGAGGGGACCAAUACGAGCAGCAGCGUGUCCACAAGUCCUGCACUGGAGCAGUCCCAGUCUUCUGGAACCACCUCCAGCACCUCCUCUAGUUCAGGAGGGUCAUCUGGGACGAGUACCAGUGGCAGAGCGAGGUCAGACCCUACCCAUCACCACUUGCACAGUGGAGGGCACUUUGGCACGGCCAUGCCUGCCAUGGAUGGUGACAGCCUCUGCCCACAGGCAAGACAGCCUUACCCUCCUCCACUCGUGUGGGGAGGUGGAGUUGGACCAGAGUCAGUCACUGGAGAGACCCACCCAGUUCAGGAGACCACCUUCCAUGUUCCCCCUCAGCACCCUAAGGCCCUGCAUCCCCACUCACACCCUCAUCACCACCAUGGGCAGAUGAUGGCCACACGGCCACGCCCGCGCCACUACACCUCCCCAACACACAGCUCCUCGACACAGGACUCCAUGGAGGUUGUACAUGGCCAUCUGUCCAUGACCUCCCUGUCUUCCUCUGCCUCCUCUUCCUCCACAUCGUCCUCGUCCACUGGGAACCAUGGCAACCAGGCCUACCAGCUCCGCCACUUGCCCACCGGUGCCCUUGACUUUGGUCAGAACGGUGGACUGAGCAUGGGGCUGGGUGCCUUCUCAAAUCCGCGGCAGGAGACUGGCAUGGCAGCACACCCUGCGUUUCCCAUGGGCACGAACACAGGGCCUGCCCACUACCUAGCGGAAGGUCACCUGGGCAUGAGGCAAGGCAUGGACCGGGAAGAGUCUCCAAUGACUGGAGUGUGCGUGCAGCAGAGUUCUAUGGCCAGCUCGUGACUGCACUGACCUUUGGCUGUGUGUUCCCCCUGUGCGUCAUUUUUAAGGUGGUGUUUUUUACUACAAGGUGUGUUGAGAACAAAAGCUGCUCACGUCAGAAGGGAGAUAUCACUGAACCGCUACUACAGAAAAAACCUUUUGUUAAAAAGUAUAUAUGUAAUUUUCAUCAGAUUUUCUUUUGCAAUCAUUAGGCACAAAGUAAUAUUGCAGAAUAACCAUAGUAAGAUUGAGACAUCCAUCUUACCAUUUCACCGAUUUUCAUGUAACCACCAAGUAAUCACCAUAUGGUAUUAUGUGGCAGAUCUUCUGAGGAGCAUUUCAGAAUGAAGUUUGAAGCUGUUUUACAGGUAGCUGUCAGUGAUGAAAUGCUUAGCGUCCUCUUUCGGUUCAAACCGUGGAAUGUCUGACAUUACUGUUCCACCAGUUGUUAAUUGUUUUGCCCUUUUUUAAGUGAAAAUUCACAUAAGAGCUGCUUGUAAAUCCUGUAGCUUGACAAUGAGGGGAACUGUUUGCGGUGAUAUUUCUUGUUGUUGGUCGGUAUUGUGUAACUCUGUAGAAGGGGAACACAAAAGCAGUGGAGUCCCUAUAGCCUGUGCUGGCCGGGUGGAGAGGGGACCCUGCGGGUGGAUACAGACACCAGUUGGGUUGGAGCAGAGGGACGCGCCACCCCUCAGGCCCAGAGGCCCCCGUAGUCCUGCAAGCUGCAACCGGGCCUGGCACAGACGAGAGCAGCAGUGGGCUCGGGAGACGAAAGGAUCCAGCCCAGUGAGAGGAAGACAGUCAGUGGCUGGUUCUUAGAUAACCCUUUGGCCUUAUGACUCAUGGACUUGGAAUGGGAUGGAGCUGGACAUUAUCAUUUGAAUUAAGAUGGCUUUUCUCUAUUUUUCUCUCUAAACAGCCCUUAAUUCUUUAAGGAAAUUAAAACAACAUAGAAAAAAGGUAAAUAAGAAUGGUAAUUUGAGGCCUUUCUCUACAAAGAUUUCUUCUUCAGCAGGGCCCCACAUAACAGGGUCUUAUUGUACACAACAACCUCCUAAACAUUACUUCCUUGAAAAUCGUAUUCACUGAUUAAGGAUUUUGCAGUGGAAAGAACUAUCUAUUCCAGAGUCUACCCUUUUACUUUUUUCCCCUUUUGCAUGUAGUUCCUCAUCAGAACCACCUGCACAAAAGUCUCUCCAUCCAAAACAUGGAAACUGAAGAAAAAAAUGAGUUGCGUGACUGCCUUUUUUCUCCUCAAAUUAUGCUGUGAAUUUUACAAGAAUUUAUUUUCCCUUUGGAUAUGUUUUUAUACCAAAGCAGUUGUUUUAUAGCAUAUAGGUGUCUGUAACCAAUAAUGUAGCAGUUCACCACUUUUGACGCAAAGUUUAUCAAGAUCUUAUUUUAACGUCAAUACAAAACAGCUGCAAUAUAUUACUUUAGCAAAACUGGAGACCGUUGUUGAGACCGUUGGCUAUUGUGUAAUCUGACCAGAUUUGUUUGCAACGUUUUACCAAAACUGUUUCCAUAUUAAUUGGUAGAUUAUUUUGGGAGUCUUUUAAAACUUUGGUAUUAGAGAAUUUGGUAGUUACUCUGCAGGCUCCGGAGUAGCAGGAUAGAAGCUGAUGGUUUAAACAAAAGAAAAACAAACAAAAAAAAAAUAUAUAAAAAAAAACAAAACAAAAAAAUGAAACAAAAAAAAAAAGAUACUAAUGCGUUCUAUUUCUGUGUCGUCCUUUUUCUUUUGCCCCCCAUCAUACUAUUUCAAAGGGUUUUGCUGCCUUUCAUACAUCAUUUGGUCACCUUGCUAGUUUCUGCCAUGAAACAACACUUUUAUGUCAUUGUCCUGGCAGGGUAUGGAGAAUCGUGGCAAAUGGGAAUUUGUGUGAAAUGGUUUUGUUCUGAUUUGGUUGGGCAGAUCCCCAUGAUUGUUGUCCUACUCAAAGGGAAACCGUGCCUGUCGGCCCGUAACCACAUGCUCGGCCUAGGCAAACAUGCAUGUGCUCAGAACGUUAGUCAAUAACCAGGAUUUAAUUUUUUUUUUUUUUUUUAUAUCAGGGAUUUUGAAGUGCUUUCUUUUUCUGUUGCUCAUUUAAUCAACUUUGAAAUUCGAAAGAAAACCUGCCCGCAACAGCCUUUUAAGUUCAGGGCAAGGCAGAGGUCAUUAUAUUGUCAGUUCUGAGGAGAGACCAUUAUAAAGGACAAGUCAUGCUUGGUAUUUCCACAAACACAAAUGUAAAGCUACCUAUUAUGAGAUUGGGGGUUUGUCUGGAUGUCAAGGUUAAUUGCAAAUUUGCAAUCUUUUUCUUUCAUACCCCUUAGAAUUUGAGACAUUCAGAAUUUGCCAGUGGUUUGAUUACUGGUACUCGUACUGGUACGAAACAUUCCAAAAUAAAGACUGAACAAAAAAAAAAAAAAUUGACUGCAGUGACUCGUAAGUGUGCGCCUAUUUCAGAUCAUGCUGAUUGACCUCUUAGAGCAGUUGUCAUGAAAUGCAGCCCCUUUUUAAUAGUUGAAAUAGAAUUUAUGUAUAUAUUUAUAUUUUUUUAAUAAAGGAAGUAUAGAACUCA